AUGACCUCUCUAAUGAAGAAGGACAAGAAAUUUGAGUGGGAUGAGAAGUGUGAGGAAGCUUUCCAACUCUUGAAACAAAAGUUGAUUACAGCACCAGUGCUUACACUGCUAGAUGAUAGUGGAAUUUAUGAUGUAUACAGUGAAGCAUCCAAGAAUGGUCUGGGAUAUGUGCUUAUGCAAAAUGAGAAGGUGAUUGCAUAUGCAUCAAGACAGUUGAAACCUCAUGAAGUAAACUACUAUACUCAUGACUUAGAAUUAGCUGCAAUCAUUUUUGCACUAAAGAUUUGGAGGCAUUACUUGUAUGGGGUAAAUUGUAGGAUUUACACAGACCAUAAAAACACUCUAAGUCGUAAGACCAGUCAUGGACUGAACACUUUGAUAGCGGUUGAUGAGUUGUGUAGGGAAAUGAGGAAAAUGAACUUAGAAGUGGUAGAAUGGGGAGCACCAACGAGUAUACUUGCGAAUCUGAGUAUUCAACCAACAAUAUUUGAUGAGAUAAGAGAGAACCAAGCAGGAGAUGUUAAGUUGGAUAAGAUUCGUGAGAAAAUAAGGCAAGGGAAGGCUACAAAUUUCAUAAUUCAUGAAGGUGGAAGUUUAAAGUACAAAGGUAGAUGGUGUGUACCUCAUAAGCGUGAAGAAGUAAAGAGAAAAUUGAUGGAAGAAGGUCACAAUACACCAUACUCAAUAGAGCGUAAGAAACCUUGCAAUCAUUGGAAAUUCCUGGAUGGAAGUGGGUAUUUCAAUGGACUGUGUGACUUGCCUCCCAAAGUCGAAGAAUGGGAAUGA